AAGAAUUCCUCAUAUCGUGGUUCACAUAUUUGUCACAUAUUUGUGGUAGUUCCAGAGCAGCUGUUCAUCUUCCUACUCAAGAAUCUAGCACUCAAAUGGAAGAAGUGAGAAAUCAACAGAUUAUACUCCAGAAUUACGUCAAUGGCUUCCCAAAGGAAUCCGACAUGCUCCUCAUUACUUCCUCCGCCAUCAACCUCAACCUUCCAGAAGCUUCUAACGCCGUCCUCCUCAAAAACCUUUAUCUCUCAUGCGAUCCGUACAUGCGUGGUAGAAUGAGCAAAUCUCAAGGCAGUUACUUUGAUUCCUUCACUCCUGGUUCGCCUAUAGGGGGACUUGGAGUAGCGAAAGUAGUCGAUUCUACACACUCGAAUUUUAAGAAAGGUGACUUAGUUUGGGGAGGGAUUAGAUGGGAGGAAUACAGCAUUAUUAAUGAUCCUCAGAUUCUAUUCAAGAUUGAAGAUACUGAUGUGCCUCUAUCCUAUUAUACAGGCAUUCUUGGUAUGCCUGGGUUGACCGCUUAUGUUGGUUUCUACGAGAUUUGUGCUCCAAAGAAAGGAGAGUAUGUCUUUGUUUCAGCAGCUUCGGGUGCAGUUGGUCAGCUCGUUGGUCAAUUUGCAAAGUUGUCAGGAUGUUAUGUCGUUGGCAGUGCUGGUACAAAAGAAAAGGUUGAUCUGUUGAAGAACAAAUUUGGAUUUGAUGAGGCUUUUAACUACAAGGAAGAGCAAGAUCUAGAUGCAGCUCUAAAGAGGUACUUUCCCGAUGGAAUCGAUAUAUACUUUGAGAACGUCGGGGGAAAGAUGUUGGAGGCGGUACUCUCAAACAUGAGAAUAAAUGGUCGGAUUUCAGUUUGCGGAAUGAUCUCACAGUACAAUCUCGAGCAAGGGGAGGGGGUGCACAACCUAUCUCAACUAAUAGCAAAAGACGUGCGCAUGCAAGGCUUCUUAGUGUCCCGUUACUUUCACAUGCUCCCAAAGUAUUUUGAAAUGAUUAUGCCUUUGAUCAAACAGGGGAAGAUUUGUUACAUUGAAGACUUUGCAGAAGGGCUCGAGAGUGCGCCUGCGGCUUUGGUUGGGCUGUUUUCUGGCAGAAAUGUCGGGAAACAAGUGGUGGCUGUGGCUCGUGAAUGAGUUGAGUCGAUUUUUUAGGCUUUGAUUUGGAUUCUAUUUACAUAUACAUAUGCAUAUGCUUAAGAUGUGUGUUAUUUAAGAAAUAUUUUCAUUACGUUUAAGAUGUAUGAUAAUCUAUGGAAUUGGGCUA